AUGAUCGAAUGUUCGGAAGGAUGGAAGUUGGUGGGUGCAGAUGUCGACUCACAGGAGCAGUGGAUUGCCGCAUUGCUUGGCGAUAGUGCGGUUGGGCAGCAUCGAGCCGGAGUGACACCGUUCAGUAACAUGUUGCUGGCUGGAUCAAAAGCAGAUCACAGCGAUUUGCAUAGUGUUGUAGCAAAAGAAGUGGGAAUCAGCAGAGAUAAGGCUAAGGUGAAGUGUUCUGAGUUGAAAUUAGAAAGCGAUCUCAACAAAAAUAUAUAUAUUGCCAAAAUUUCAGCCUGCAGUCUGAUGUCGGCUAUCAGUUUAGAUUUCACUUUUAUUCACUAA